GCUAGGGCCCACGUUUACGGGACCGUGUUUCGCAUUGAACACGAACUCCCCCUGUGCAUUUCCACGCGACGUUCGAUCGUUGAAGAGAAAUUCAACUGGGCUUCAUUCCAAACGGCAAAGAAAAAGACAACUAAUGCGCACCAAAGUGGAGCUUGAAUAUUCGACAUGGACGGAAGGGAGACAUCAACGCCCACGCAAGACACCGCUAGAAGGAAAAAAAGAAAGUUGUUCAAUUGCUCUACACUUCAUUAUAAAUAUGCAAUACAUCCUGCCACUUAUCUUAAUAUGUACAUUGGUGCAAUUUGUGGUUGCACCACCUGUUAACAAAAAGACUAAGGAUGGAGAACACAACAGUGAAAAUGAAGUUGAUGAUGCUGAAGAAAUGGCAGACAUUAUAGAGUACCGUAGGUACUUGAUGGAAGUGGUUCAAAUAUUAGACAAUGAUCCAGACUUUCGUGCAAAGUUGGAAAAAGCAGAUGAAGCAGAUAUAAGUACAGGGAAAAUAGCUGAUCAACUACAAUUUGUAAAUCAUAAUGUUAGGACAAGAUUAGAUGAGAUAAAAAGAGAUGAAUUGGAAAGAUUGAAACAUCUCCUGGCAAGGGAGAACGAAAUAAAAAAUGGUUUAGAUGUUGAUCAUCUAAAGAUAGCUGAACAUUUAGAUCAUACCAACACACGUACAUUUGAAAUACUAGAUUUAAAGAAAUUAAUUGCAAAGACUACAAAUGAUUUGGCAGAGGCCAAUAUAAAGCGCAGAGAGGAAUUUAAACAGCAUGAAAUGGAAGUAAAAUAUGAUGAACAAGAGAAACUAAAACACAUGGAUGACAUGGAACGAAUAAAAUAUGAGCAAGAAUUAGAAGCAUUGAAAGAAAAGCACAAAAACCAUGAACCUGUUCAUCAUCCAGGUAGCAAACAACAAUUGGAGGAGGUAUGGGAGAAACAAGAUCACAUGGAUCCUAAAGAUUUUAAUCCUAAAACAUUUUUCUACAUGCAUGAUAUUGAUGGCAAUGGAGUAUGGGAUCAAGAUGAAGUUAAAGCACUAUUUUUAAAAGAGUUAGAUAAGUUGUAUGCCCAAGGAGCAUCAAAAGAAGAAUUACUGAAGCGUGCGGAAGAGAUGGAAAGAAUGAGAGAGCAUGUCUUUUAUGAAGCUGAUCUCAAUAAAGAUGAAUUCAUUAGUUAUGACGAAUUUUUGGAACAAACUAAAAAACCAGAUUUUCAACGAGACGAAGGAUGGCAAGGAUUAGAUGAGCAACAAAUUUACACUCCAGAAGAGUAUGAAGCUUUUGCAAGGCACAAACAAGAAGAGAUACAAAGAAUGAUUGCCAAAGGAAUGCUACCACAACACGAUGGUAAUAUACCCGCACAACACGCGUCGUUCCCCCCGCAGUAUGUUCAUCCUGGUGUUCCUCAAGAUUUCCAACAUGAUCAACAGUUCCAGGAUCAUCCUCAGCAGUAUCAUCAACAGCAGCCACAACUGGGGCUUCCUCAGCACCAAUACCCAAAUCAUCUACCGGUACAACCAGUUCAUGAGCAAUUGUCGCAACAGCAACACGUACAAGGUCAAAUAGGAUCAGACCAUCAGUAUCAACAACUGCAGAUGCCACAGCAAGGACAAGUUCCAGUUCAGCAACAUCAUGGACAAAUUCCGGUCCCGCAACAUCAAGCACAAGUUCCAGUUCAACAACAUCAAGCACAAGUUCCUAUUCAACAACAUCAAGGACAAGUUCCUGUUCAACGACAUCAAGGACAAGUUCCGGUUCAACAACCUCAGGGACAAAUUCCGGUAAAUAAUAUCAAUCACGUACCACAAAGCGUUCAAGGCAAUGCGGCAUCGCAACAGCAUAGUCAAUUGAAUGUGCAACCUGGACAGCCUUCAGCGCAACUUGCGAAUAAUCGGAAUAAUAUUCAAAUUGACGGGAAAGUAUAA